AUGGAGAACUCCAGCCUGUUGGGUGGCGACGCACAAAAUGCGCUCUUGAUAGACUUCCUCACGUCGGACACCUUGAAUCAAGUUGUGGAUUCUCCGGAGGACACGGCCAUGGCUGGACUAGUGGCCAGGAGUGCCAUCUUCCUUGAGGGCAGCAAAUUCAGGACUGCCGGUGGGGCCGAGUUUAUGGCCGCUCCGCCGACGGAAUCCCCUCACCUGAUGCCUGCCUUUUGGGAUUCCCCGCUCAGUCACGGAAUCAAUGUAUUUGUGGGACUUGUUCUGUGCUUCACUAUGCUGGGGCUGGGCUGCACGGUGGACGUUAGCCAGCUCGGAGAACAUAUCCGCAGGCCCAUCGGGGUACUGCUGGCUCUUGUGUGUCAGUUUGUUAUCAUGCCCUUGGUGGCCUUUCUGUUGGCUCUAGCCUUCUCUCUGGACGAUGUGGCAGCGAUGGCUGUGCUCCUCUGUGGCUGCUGCCCGGGAGGAAACUUAUCAAACAUCAUGUCUCUACUGGUGCACGGGGAGAUGAAUCUCAGCAUCAUCAUGACCAUAUCCUCCACGCUGCUGGCGCUCGUGCUCAUGCCGCUGUGUCUGUGGAUCUACAGCCGGGCCUGGAUCAACACUCCUGUGGUCAACCUCAUGCCCUUCGGGGCCAUCAUCCUGACCCUGUGCAGCACUCUCAUCCCCAUUGGGUUAGGAGUUCUGCUGAGGUACCGCUACACGCGUGUGGCCGACAUUGUUUUAAAGGCAUCUCUGUGGUCUCUGCUAGUCACCCUCGUGAUGCUAUUCAUCCUCACCGGAGCGAUGCUGGGGCCGGAGCUCCUCUCCACCAUCCCACCCUCCGUCUACGUAGUGGCUGUCCUGAUGCCUCUGUGCGGCUACGCUGCAGGUUACGGCCUGGCCAUGCUCUUUGACCUGCCACCCAACAGCCGCCGGUCUGUCUCUCUGGAGACAGGAUGCCAGAACGUGCAGCUGUGCACUGCCAUCCUGAAGCUGGCCUUCCCCCCUCAGCUGAUGGGAGGGAUGUACAUGUUCCCUCUGCUGUACGCCCUGUUCCAAGCAGCCGAGGCUGGCAUUUUCAUCCUGGCCUACAGGCUGUACAGGAAGAAGGUCCUGCACAAACCAGACCCCAUGGGAGACGGCGAGGACACGGAUAUAACAUAUCAGAGGUUUCAUGAUGAGGACUUUGACUCAUCUUAUGGUGCUGUGACAGUGAGUGACCCAAACACCAUCAUGUUGGACCCCUGUCCUCCUGAUCCAACUCCUGUUUAA